AUGUCAGUAGCAACAGUGACGACAGCCUCCGGCGCAACAUGGCAAGAGGUUGCCGCGGACAGACAAGCCCACCGCGCUGCAACCCUCGCUGCCAUUAAGCCAGCCCUCCCAGACCUGACCUCCAUCCCUCUCAACACAAUCCCUCUUGCAAAGGAGUUUCUCACAGAAGCCGAAAUCAAGAUCACCGAAAGCACGGUCGAGGAGCUAGUUCCCCAGCUUGCUAUAGGGAAACUUAGCGCCGUGGAAGUCGCCAAUGCUUUCUUACGCCGCGCUGGAUUGGCCCAGAAAGCGACAAACUGUGUCACUGAGCUGCUCCCUGAACGAGCGCUCGAGCGGGCUGCUUAUCUCGAUGCCUAUCUCAAGGAACAUGGCAAGCCGGUCGGGCCAUUGCACGGGAUUCCUAUAAGUGUGAAGGAGCAUCUCGCAAUGAAAGGCCUUGAUCAUAAUGGAGGGUUUGUGGCGUGGGUGGGAAAGGUUCCCAAGGAAGAUGCACUUAUCUUGCAGAUUCUGUGGGCGGCGGGAGCGGUGUUCUACGUUAGGAGUCCGCAGCCGCAGACGCUGAUGCAUCUGGAGACUAGUGGGAACCUCUACGGGGUUACGACGAAUCCAUACAAUACCACUCUGACCAGUGGAGGCUCGUCUGGUGGUGAAGGUGCACUGUUGGGUUUCCGAGGAAGUAUUUUGGGUAUUGGUACUGACAUCGGUGGUUCGAUCCGAUCACCCGCCGCAAACAAUGGUGUUUAUGGUGUGAAGCCAACAGUUGGGCGUCUCCCGAUUUCCGGGUGGUUGUCUGCAAUGGCCGGGUCUGAACAUAUAUUAGGCACAAUUGGUCCUCUGUGCACCAGCUUGGAAGGCUGUAAACUCUUCAUCAAGUCCAUCAUUGCUGGACAACCUUGGUUGAGGGAACCUUCACUGCUUCCACUUCCCUGGAAAGAGGAAGACGCCUACAAAGGAAGAAAGCUGAAGGUUGCAGUUCUUUGGGAUGACGGGGUGGUGAAGCCUCAUCCUCCCGUUACUCGCGCAAUGAAGAAAGUAGUUGAAGAGCUGAAGGCGAAAGGCCAUGAGGUUGUGGACUGGACUCCAUACAAGCACGACGAGGCCUGGGCGAUCAUCGCAAACCUCUAUUUCUGCGAUGGCGCUGCCGAGGACUUGGCCAUCAUGAAGGAAUCCGGCGAGCCUCUACGUCCCCUCUCAGAGCAUAUCCUGAAGAACAAGCAUGUUCAAAAUCAUACUAUGGCCUCGUUGUGGAAGGCUACCCAAAAACGCGACGCUUACCGUACAGCGUACGCCAACCUCUGGAACUCGACGGCUACCUCCCGGGGACCAAAUGGUGAGCUCCAAGGGAUGGUGGAUGCCAUUCUGUGCCCAGUAGGCCCUGGGUCAGCCCCUAAACUAGACACCAGUAAAUGGUGGGGCUACACUUCUCAAUGGAAUCUCCUGGAUUACCCCGCUGUCGUCUUCCCCGUGGAUAAGGUGGACCCGGCGAAGGAUUCCGCGAAGGUGGAAUACACGCCCCGGAACGAGGAUGACAAGUUCAACUGGGAUCUUUGGGAGAAAUAUGGGGCCGAGGGGUACAAGGACGCGCCUGUGAGCUUGCAACUUGUCGGACGGAGAUAUGAAGACGAGAAGCUGAUCCAGACUCUGGAGAUUGUGAAGGAGGAGACUGGCUUGCCAUACGUUAAAUAUGUGUAA